AUGAAGAAACUAGUGGCCUUGUUUCUUGUCUUGUGUGCGUUACUGAGCGUGAGCCACUGCUCGGAGUCGGAAGGUGACGUCAUCGUGAAAGACGGACACCGUGUUGUUGUGGUGGAGUAUGACGGAGACGGCAAAACCAGCACUAGAGUCUUAAUUUCACCGCCGGGAAAAGGAGGGGAAGGAGUAGAAGAGAAGAGAAAUGACGAAAGAGAAGUGUUUAGAGAUGUGAAAAAGAAAGUGAUGGAAACGGCGUCGUCUCUUCCAGUUAUGGCCCAAGUAGAGGAGGAGCGUGAACACCACGCGUCGCCAGGAGAGCUCAUAUGCGACGCGAUCGGCAAGUGUAAGCACAAGAUGGCGAGUGUGUUGGGGAGAGUCAACAACGAUGAUGUUUCUGAAACUCCCAGAGAGACUGUCGCACGUGCGGCACGUGACGUAGAGGAAACUGUGGCUCAUGAGGCUCAACGUACCAAAGAGAAGGUCGCAGGAAGAGCCCAAGAAGCUAAUGAAAGGGUGACAAAGAAGGCCCAAAAGGCCCAAAACGUUUGGGGAAAGUCGAAGAUCACGGUGAGGCGGAUAGGGACGGCUGUUGCCGAGGCGCUGAAGCUGACGAAGGUUGGGAGCGUGGUGAGUCUGAUAGGGAUCGCGGCGGCGUACGGGAUGUGCGUGUGGGUGACGAUCAUAUCGAGGUACGUGUUGACUUCUGUGCUUGGGAGGCAGCAAUGUGGUGUGGUGCAGAGCAAGGUGUAUCCGGUUUACUUCAAGGCGAUCUCUGUAGGGAUUCUUGUUGGGUUGCUAGGACACGUCAUCAGCCGACGCCGGAAGGUUUUUACCGUCGCGGUGGAGAUGUGGCAGGCCGUGAACCUCUUGUGUUCGAUCCUGAUGGUUGAAGCUAAUGCGUCAUUUGUUGAGCCACGAGCCAUCAAGGCAAUGUUUGAGCGGAUAAAAGUGGAAAAGGAAGAAGGAAGAGGACUUGACACGUCAGAGUCACAGGCCAGUGAAGCAGCGGUUCGAACCAGUGGUAAGAAGGUUAGACAGAAGACGGGUGAGGGUGCAGUGAAUUGUAAACUGACGAAGCUGAACGAGAGGCUGAGUAGGUUAAAUGCGUACUCCAUGCGACUAAAUUUACUGACUCUUAUGUCUCUCACUUGGCACUUUGUGUAUCUCGGCCAUCGACUCAGCCUCAUUUAUUGA